CUAUAUCCAGUCUCCCAGUACCCUACAUUCACUAUAUCCAGUCUCCCCGGACCCUGCAUUCACUAUAUCCGCUCUCCCCGGACCCUGAAUUCACUAUAUCCGCUCUCCCCGGACCCUGCAUUCACUAUAUCCGGUCUCCCCGGACCCUGCAUUCACUAUAUCCGGUCUCCCGGACCCUGCAUUCAUUAUAUCCGGUCUCCCCGGACCCUGCAUUCACUAUAUCCGGACCCUGCAUUCACUAUAUCUGGUCUCCCCGGACCCUGCAUUUCACUAUAUCUGGUCUCCCCGGACCCUGCAUUCACUAUAUCCGCUCUCCCCGGACCCUGCAUUCACUAUAUCCAGACUCCCCGGACCCUGCAUUCACUAUAUCCAGACUCCCCGGACCCCGCAUUCACUAUAGCUGGUCUCCCCGGACCCUGCAUUCACUAUAGCUGGACCCUGCAUUCACUAUAUCCAGUCUCCCCGGACCCUGCAUUCACUAUAUCCGCUCUCCCCGGACCCUGCAUUCACUAUAUCCGCUCUCCCCCGGACCUGCAUUCACUAUAUCCGGUCUCCCCGGACCCUGCAUUCACUAUAUCUGGUCUCCCCGGACCCUGCAUUCACUAUAUCUGGUCUCCCCGGACCCAGCAAUCACUAUAUCCGGUCUCCCCGGACCCUGCAUUCACUAUAUCCGGUCUCCCC